UCCGGGUUCUCCCGAAUUUCUCCCUUUGAUGCUAGGUAUAAAAUCUGCUUGCCCACGUGACUUCCGAAUUGAGGUGUGUUGUCGUGCAAAACCCAAGCCAUAUCAGGACUUCGGCCGCUGUCUGAAUUUGCCGCCGCCGUCAUAAUUUACAGCCUCCCUGAAAAUGGGCCCGUCCUCACAAAAUAGGCCCGCGCUCACAAAAUAGGCCCGCGCUCACAAAUUGGGGCCGCGCCCACAAAAUAGGGCCGCAUCCAGAAAAUAGGGCCGCAUCCAGAAAAAACGUGCGCACCGUCCCUGGCCUGGCUCCAGGCGCUCUAGCGCAUCGGCGCGCGGCCCACGAAAAAAUGAUACACAACUUUGAAAAGGACCCGACUCUUCUCUCUUACACUAGCUUGCACAGUCUGUUUGAACCUUCUGUUUGUGCCCUCCAUUCCAUUUGCUGGCCCUCCUCCAAGAAUGUUCAGGCUUCUUGCACACAACACCGGCUCGACGUUGCGGCCCGUGCUUCUCCGCAACGUGCGGCCCAACACCACGUUCAAAAAGUCAGGCCCCGCCAACGCCGCGGUCGACCUCGACAAGAGCUUCCAGUUCCGCUCGAAUCUGAGCUCCGCCACCGUGCAAGCGCCGGCAACCAAGCCAGAAAACAAAUUCUCAAAAAGCGCGGACCCGCUUUUCGCCGUCGACAAGCUGGAAGCACCUAGCGGCCGCGGCCUGGCCGCCCGCUUUGAAGAGUUACUCCAAGGCGCCACCGGCAAGACCAUCCUGAACCGCCAAUCCGGCAAGGGCAGCCACAUGCACGCUGUGCGCACGCUUGUGAACAUGUUCCGCGAUGAUGCGGUCCGUGGCCUGUUGUCCUCGGAUGACAUCUACGACUACACCAAUCUUCUCAAUGAGGCGGUGUACGCCAACCGGUUCUCGCGGCUCAGUGACAGCCGGAACAGAGACAGCGACCAGUACCACAACGUAACUCUUUCCAAUGACAUCUGGCUCAAAAACGCCGUGUUGGAGCUCGCAGAUACCCUCUCCGAUGGCCCCAUGCAACAGGUGCUCACGCACCAGACGUUGCGCAAGCUCUUGUUUGCUAUGUUGCAGUUGAAAGUGCACUCAGAGAUGAUUCGCUUCUGGGAGCACGGUGUCAACGACCCGGUGCACAGCAGCAAAUACUUGCAGCAGACGGUGUUGGCUGUGAUCUUGCCUUUGACGUACGCGGAAAAGAGGUUCCUGUACGACCAGGUCAUCAAGUUAUUUGAGGUCAACACCAAUAAUGUGGCGUAUGUGACUCACAACCUUCUGGGGGCUGUCGGCAAAGUCGCUAUCCAGGAGGGCGACUACCUGCGUGCGCUCGACUGCUUAGAGCAGGUGUUGGCAUAUUUAGAGAAGGACAAAAACCAACUGUCGGGCGUGAACCGCACCUUGGCCGAGUUGCACGCGGCGUUCAUUGGGGAUUGUAAGGACAUCAAAAUCGCGCGCCACUUCUUCACCAAGUGCGUAGAGAAUCAGCUCCCUUACCACGUCACGCUCAAGGCGCCGCAUGUGCAGAAGCUCAUGGAGAACUGUGUGGCCGCAGAGGAGCCUUUUGAGACAAUUUUGGAUUUCUGGAAACAAACCUUGACCGUCUACGCUACCGAACCACGGAGCUCGUUCAAUGCGCGUUACUCCAUCAUUAACAAGGCAUUCUUCUCCAUUUUCUUCCGCAUGUACCCAACUCUCUCUGAGGAAGGCUACAACAAGUUGAAGGAAGUCAUUGCCAUCUAUGCCAGCAUCAAACCGAUGGACGACUUCUUCCUCAACAACAUCGUAAGCAACUGCACUUGGAAUGACAAGACGGUGUUCACACAGAUUGUCGAGAACUACGCGGCGCACAAUGUUACACAAACCCCUGUCCUGUACCGCGUGAUUCUUAAAAAGAUGGGCGAGAUUGAGGACUUCUCCUCUGCUGAGAUUUUGCGCCAGUGGGAUGCAUCGCUUCACGCAUUAGAUGCCGCAGGCUUUUCGUACAUUCCUAUUGCUGACUGGGCUAGUUUGCGUGAGGCCACCAUCUUGUCUCAUUACAGUGAGUCCAGAUCCGAGCUUUAUUUGGCCCUUUUGCACGCUUACCGGAACUACCAUCAGGACGACAAGGCCGUUCACAGGUUCGUUAAGUACUGGAUGUCGAAGCUGCAGGCACAAGAGAUUACUCGUGUGACAGAAACAGCUCCUGCUUUUAACACGGACGUUGAGAUCAGCGUUCCCGAAUUCACAAACUUACGUGAGAAUGUAGACUACGACACCGUGGCCUCGAAUAUUGCUGUUGCCUCGAGAGAAGACAACGACGCAAGGAGUGAAGCUUUCACAGAGUUGUGAAGGGACGGGAACCAAAGCGAGGC